AUGACUUCUCAAAACCGAUCCAUAGGUCCACGACCAGGUUCUUCUUCCUCCCUCUCAGACGAGGAGCAACGACGUCUUGCACAGUCUCUCUUGCGUGAACGUGUCUUGACCUGGGUCUUGACCUCUUACCCAAACCUUUCCACGACCGAAUCCACUACCGAAUCCACGACUGGCUCUGCUCCCAGCUCCGCUCCUGGCUCUGCUUCUGGCUCUCCUCCGGGCUCUGCUCCUAGCUCUGCUCCCAGCUCCGCUCCUGGCUCUGCUCCUGGCUCUCCUCCUGGCUCUUCUCCUGGCUUCUCGGCUGGCUUCUUUUUUGGCUCUUCUACUGCCUCUUCUCCUGGCUCUUCUUCCGCCUCUUCUCAUGACUCAACUGCAAGUCUCUCCGAGGCGUCUGUUGAUCUUCAUCGUGUGAACGCAACCACCGACUUGACUUCCUUACUACGCAAUUCAGAAGCCGCCAAUUCUCCUGAAGGUGAUCUCAACUCUGCAAACAUCCCCGACUCACUCGAGCCUGAAAGCCAAGCUGCAAACCAAGCAACAAAUCAAUCCGCUCGCCCUUCACUUCCGUGGACUGAAGAACCAAAUUGGAGUUUUGCGAACAUCCGUGGUGUGGCAGAAAAUUCUGCACUGGAAAAUCUUGCACUGCAAAUUCGAGAGCGUGCAACCUCACUCAGUCCACACACCUCUUUGAACUCGUCCAGCGCAGAAGACUCUUCCGGCCCAUUCAGUCAAGAAGCUCCAAGCUCAGUGACAACAAAUGACUACUGUCUCCCAUACGCAUACCCAUAUGAUAUUGGAUUAGCUGAUCCCGAGAACGAAUCCCCUGAAGCUUGGGCUACCCUUCAACGUGAGCUUGGUGAACAAGGCAUCCACAUCUCAAAUCCAUAUGAUCGCGAUUCCGAAGACGACGCCCCUGAAGCUUGGGCUGCCCUUCAACGUCAGCUUGCUGAACAAGGCAUCUACAUCUCAAAUCCAUAUGGUCGCGAUCACAGCCAUCCUUCACUUUUCCAACUGAUAGUCGAACGAAUUAUCCGCGAAGAGUUUCUUGCCACACCUUCAGCAACAAACAACCAGGUCCCCAUUGUCGCAGUCAACGGCCGUGUGAUUGAAGAACUUGAAGACGACAUCAGCGAAACCGCGUCAGGUGAUCACACAAAUCUGAACACAACCCAAACAAACAUUUCCGCUGAGACACAGUCUGAGUCUGCCGCACCUUUCAUUGCACCAGGCUUUUCACAACUUGACCAACGUGUCAUCCAAAGUCCAUGGAACAGAACUCCUACUCUUCAGCCACGUUCACUUCUUGACUACAACUCUGAAGUCACAGCGACUCAAUUUGCCAACGAAGGCAUUGACGCCGUCGAUCGUCCUCGCCUCGUCAAUCCUCUAUUUCCACGUCCUGGUCAGGUGACUCAAGCUCAACAGCCAAAUGAUGUCAUCAUGGCUCGUCGCCUCCGCCUUCCAGACCGCCGCGCCUUCACUACAACACCCAUCCCAGUCAACCAGGAUGGGGCCCGUCGCGUGGCAACGGACUCCCAAAUUUUGGGAGUCCCGCGCCUGCGACGGGUUGGUGGCUCUGGCUCUCUCCGAGCCUUGGCCAGGAGCCAGGCUGGGGCCUCAGAGGCCGCCAUGACGGCUGCCUCUGAGGAGGCUGAAGAGGACGGGGCUCCGGCCCAGGAAGAAUGGCGGGCCCCCGAAGACCAUUGGUCUUCGGAUGAAGAAGACGACGACGAGGAGGAGCGCGUCGACCUCGACGAGGUUGGCGCCCCGGGUGCGGAGCAACUCCGCGCCGGGCUCGCUCAUUUGAGCGAGGCUCUUGUCCAGGUCGACGUCCUCGACGGCGAUCUCCCGGCCGGUGCCGACCACGGCAACCGGGCGGCCAUCCGCGCCCGCGCGAAUCUCGUCCAUGCAGAGGGCGAGAUCAUGGGUGCGGUUGGUCAGCUCUGGCGGGCCGUGGUGGAGGCGCGGGAGGACGCCGUCGAUGCCCAAGCGCGGGCUCGACACCUCCAAGACGAGGUUCGCAACCUCACAACUGCGAUCCUCGCUGUUCAGAUGGCGGUCGCUGAGCGACUGCUUAAAGAGCAGUGA